ACUUUGACCCUCUCCUUUGAAGGCACAAAAUAUGGAAACGCCGAAAGGUCUAGUUAUCGUGGUCACCGGAGCCAACAGUGGGGUUGGCUUCGGUAUAUGUCAUCGACUUCUCGUUCAGCUCUCCACAGGUCACCCUUCCGACUCAAAGCCGUACUUUGAUGUCUCUAAGCCUGAGCAUGGUGCUCAUGAAGUCGCGGCUGACGAAUACGCUUUCUCUGCCGAUGCUGGGGUGACCAUAAUCCUCGCGUGCCGCAGUCCUGCUCGAGGUCAGGAAGCGAAGACAAAGCUUUCUCGUCUCUUGGAUGAACACAUAUCCAAGCUCAAGCGAGGGUCUCAGGAGCACGAGUAUGCCAGCACAUUUAGACGCAACGUCAGGCUCUCAGUUGAAUUACUUGACUUGGCCUCGAUCAAGAGCGUGUUGGAAUUUGGCCAGACGGUCGCUAAGAACUACGAGUACAUCUCACAUCUCAUCCUCAAUGCCGGUACCGCGACAUAUAGCCAUCUCGACACUCUCCGCUUCAUUGUGGAUCUAGCGCGCUACCCAAUGUUUGGCGCACGGAACCCCCGCGCCAACUUACAAGUCAGCGGAGUUAUGAGUCAAGACAACCUAGGCUACGUGUUCCAGUGUAACGUAUUUGGACACUAUGUUCUUUACCGCUCCGUCCAACACCUCCUCAUCGCAUAUGCGAACGUGUCCAAGCUCUCAGCCAGAGUGUUGUGGAUGGGAUCGCUCGAAGCCGCUCCUCUCUUCGAUCCCGAGGACGACUGGCAACUCACCAAUACUUUACAUUCAUACCAGGGUUCGAAAUAUGAGCUUGAGCUCCUGUCGUUCGAGCUCGACAAGCGCGCUCUCAACCCCAAGCACGCUGAUGUGGGGACGGCACUUGGUGACCUUGCUGGAUCCCACGGCAAAAUACGUCACCUGAUUGUUAGCCCGGGCGUUGUCCAAACGAACAUGAGCAAGACGCUGAACAUCAAGAUCCCGGGAUACCUGUUCCAGGCAAGAAUGCUACUUGGCAUGCUUCGCUUCUGUGGAUGUACCCACAUAAUGAGUUCACUCUAUGCUGCGGCUGUCGGACCUGUGCACGUUGCUCUUGCCCCCCUCAACUCCAUUCCGACUCCACAGAACAUGCCUCACGUUCGACCAGCGGACACUGGUUACCCACCUUGGCAUGUAUACUACGGCCAGACGACAUCUGAGGCCCAGAUGUGCCGGAUUGGGUCGGAGAGUAAUCGAUGGGGGAAAGAACGACCGGGGAUAGUUGCUGUCCCAGUCUGGGAGGCGUAUCCAAAUUUGAGUCAGACGUUGCUAGAGCGAUUUGAGAGACUUUAUCAGACUUUUCUGCAGGCAUAUGCUAGUAAUUCUACUUAGAAGAGAGGCAUGUAGAUAGUGUGAUGGUGUCUCCCCCAGAGAAAUCAGUCGUCAAUGC